UUGCUUCCUCUUGUGUCAUCCACACAUUCUGACAACAUCACACAUGACCGAGAGCUGUGGGUGCUGAAAAGGCUCCAACAUUUGUGUGCCAUAUUAAACUUUUGGACCUCUGGUAUCAGGGCAACCUCAGAAAUGGCUCUUGUGGAAAUGAUGUCGCUUUGGAGUGAAGGAGUGGCUGCAGCAGACAAAGGGGACUGGGCAGGGGCCCUAAAAUUGUUCACCACCAUCACAGAGCCUAGAGCCAAGAUCUGCUUCAACAUCGGCUGUUGUCAUAUUGUGAUGGGAAAUUUACAAGAGGCAGAAAAGGCCUUCAAAUCCACUAUUGAAAAAGACAAACAUUUGGCUGUGGGGUAUUUCCAGUGUGGCUCCGUCUUCUACAAAGAGGGAAAGUAUCAAGAAGCACUUCAGGACUUUGCUCGCUGCUUCACUGAAUUAAGAGGAAAUCAAUUGAUUGACUACAAAAUUCUGGGCUUGACAUUUAAACUCUACAGCUGUGAGAUAUUAUAUAAUGUUGCACUGGGACAUGCGAAAGUGGGCAACUGGGCAAAAGCAGAAGAGAAUCUUAUUCUGGCCCUCAGUCAAAAGGUAGAACCAAGGCAUGGCACUAAGAUAGAGAAAGCAAUGCAAGAAAUCCUGAAACAAAAAGAUUUUCCACUAACAGAAAUGCCAAAAGGUCGCCUAUUUCAACCUAAUGAGAAGCUUGUGGAACAGUUGGAGAAGAAGGACUAUUUGGGUAAAUCUACGGUUGUGUCCUCUGUGGUUGACAAAGACAGUUUCUCCGGUUUUGCACCCCUGCAGCCUCAGAGUGACAACCCACCAGUUCGACAAAAGGCCCCUGAAAUACUUAAGACUCUGCAGGGGGAACCUCAUCGCGUUCUAUUUGAAUUUAAUCCAGAGACCAUAGAAGAGAUGGGAGUCAUGCCAGGGAAUAUCGUCUUUGUGCUCAAAAAAGGGAAUGACAACUGGGCUACUGUUUUGUUUAAUGGAAAGAAAGGGAUAGUCCCAUGCAAUUACCUGGAACCAGUUGAGUUGAAAUUCCAGUCCCAAAUUCAGGCAGCAGAAUUAAAACAAGAUGAAGGAUCAGCCAAAGGUGGUACAAAGGAGGCUGAAAUUCCAGCACCACCAACUACUUCUGCCCCUAAUAUUACUAGGAAUCACCAAGAUAAACAAGCCCCAUCUAACGCCAGAGAGAACUCAUCCUCAGCUGAAAAAGCUGCAACACCACCAUCAUAUCUUGUCAAAGUGUAUUACAAGUACACAGUAGCCAUACAGGUAUCUCACAAGCUUUCCUAUGGAGAUCUGUUGAUUCUCAUCAGCAGUAAACUGAAGUUGACGCCUUGUGCCAUCAUACUCAGUUUCAGAGAUGGAGAAACGGACGUACCACUAACUACAGAUAAUGUGGAAAGAGCAUGGAAGCUGAGCACAGACAAUUGCCUAAAACUCAAGUGCACAGAUGUACAUGCAGAAGAGCCUCUGGUAACAAUGGAGAAUGCAGAAAAUCCCGUUCAGUCAGAAGAUAAGACAGGAAUGACUGUAACAGCCCUCUUCGAUUAUGAGGCCUCCCAAGCAGAAGAUUUACCGUUUAAAAAAGGAGAUGUGAUAAAAGUAUUGAAUAAAGUGUCUGAAGAGUGGUGGGAAGGAGAAUGUCACGAGAAGUUUGGAAUUUUCCCAUCAGCCUUUGUAAACAAAAAGUCCAGUAUAUGAAUUCCUGCAGCUGCUGGUGCACACUGCAACUGCCGUAUUCCAACUAUGCAAAGUAUCCAUAUACAGCAUAAUGGUGCUCCAUCUUCAAGUUCCGGAAAGAAUUUCCAUAUGUAGGAUGACAUCCAUGUCUUCUUCAUAAACCGAGGCACAUUUAGUGCAAAUAUAGUACAUUUUAAGUUCACAUUGCAAACACUUAUUACAACUUUCCUUAUUCUUCCAA